GUGGCAGGUCCCGCUGCCCGAUUCAGAAUAAUAAGGAUCGGCGUCGUGCGCGCUUGAACCGCACCUGGGAAAUUCUCGGCUUCGAGUCCACACCACGAAUUCUAUUGAUUCGCGUUCUUCCUGCGGCACGAUGCCCCUUUCAACCGCCACGCAUCAAGACAACUCGGACCCAGUCACCUACACGUGCACUUGUCCAGCACAGACCGAAGGUGGAUACGUCUUGCUAUUCUACCGCUACUGGGCCAACACACCAGCCUUGCCUCUUGAGCACGCAGCUCACAGUCAAGACCCAUACGCUCUAGCAGAGUACCAUAGGUGGCUUGCUUCCGACCUUAAAAUAAGUGGGAAAUUUCGCAUUGCCAUAGAAGGGUUCAACAUCACCCUUGGUGGCACUCAACUUGCGAUUGAGAGAUACAUUCAGGCGUGCUGCACACACUGGUCAUUCGCCGGCAUCGAUCUAUCGACACCCUUAGCGCGCGAUUCGUACUUCAAGCCUACGCUAGGCUGCGCAUGUGCGUUCAACGGAGGGGCAAAUGUCAAGGUGACGGCUGAGAUCACCCCAUUGGGUGUGACCAACUACGCGCCCUCGUCAUGGGCCAAUAUCAUUUCUCUACCACCUGCAGCGUUCCAUGACUUACUCAAGAAAGGCGACAUACCGCUAAUCGAUGUGCGCAACCACUACGAGAGCCGCAUUGGCUACUUCGUCACUGGAGAUGGAACCGUAGCGAUGAGACCCGCGGUGCGGAGAUUCAGUCAGUGGCCUGGGUACGUUGUGAAACAUGUCCUGGGCGAUGAUAAGUACAAGAAACCGCACGGAGUAGCGACAUACUGCACCGGUGGCAUUCGGUGCGAGAAGGGUGCGCGCUGGAUGCAGGAGGCUUUGUCAAAUGAGGAAGGGGGCAGCAACGGGCCAGUGUACACACUUCAUGGCGGCAUUGUUGCCUAUCAAGCUUGGAUGCAAGGAGAGAUCGCAGCUGGGAGGAAGAUGCCGGAGGACAGCUUCUUCAAGGGUACAAACUAUGUGUUUGACGCACGGGGGGCAAUUGGAGCUCAACAGGCAGUCUCGACAUGUCACACCUGCAACAAACCAGAAUCUCGACUCGGCAAAUGCGAAAUACCUGGUUGCCACUUGGUGCUCGUUGUUUGCGAGCCAUGUGAGCAGCAAAGAUGCACAGUCUGCUGCGAAGACUGUCGUCAGAUUGAGUCAGAACAGCAAGGAGCUUUGAAACGAAGCAGAAGAAUUUGCAAGUGCGAAAACGACCGAGAACGAUCGCUUUGGGGCGAUGGAGGAGCGAGUCUGGGGAGGAGCAAAGCACGGCAGAAGACAUCUACGCGGUAGCGCAGUUACGAAGGAACAAAGGGUACUAUCAGUAACAGGUAUCAGGACAAUCUGGAUGGAGGCAGCAUGCUUUUAUUGCAGGACAUCUACUCUAACAAUCAGCUCCUGCAUGCCAGAUUAUCAUGCUGGAUACUUUGCCUCGAUAGCAUCCAGCUCGGCUUGCGUGAUUUGCGUCACAGAACCAUGCUUCAGACCUGUAGGGAAACCGUCUCUGCUCGAUGCAGUCCAUGUCGUCAGAUCUGUUGACUCAAAUGGCACGUAUUCGGUGUAAUUGUCAAGGAAGAUGUGGUACUUUCCGGCCACCUUGUUGUCAGCAUACGAU